GUUGACGCGUCAAAAACGUUCGUACGCGUUGGACGAAUGACAUUUUGUACUUAACCAAUAAGAAAGAAGCGAAAUUUUUAUUCAGCCAAUUUUUAGUCGAAAGUGUUUUAUUUAAAAAAGUUUAGAUAUACGGAAUAUAAUUAAUAGAACAAUGGCGCCACAACAAAAGGGUAAACAAGGUACAAAAGGAGCAAAGCAGAUUGUGGAGGAAAAUAAGGCCACACUGAAGUUCUACAGGAACAUGGCCCUUGGUAGUACCGCGGCCAUAAUAUUGUUAAACUUGGUAUUUUUUGGACUCAGCAAAGUAACAGUGAUUAUGGGCAUCAUAGCCGUACUAAUUUUAGCCGGUUCCGUUCAAUUCAUGGUUUUUAUGUCAAGACCAAAAUACUCUGAAAAUGGUAGCAUUCUUGAUUCUGGAAAUGACUUGAAUAUGGAAGGCGGUAUAGCUGAGUAAGUGUGUUUCAAAUA